GAUACUUAUGCAAAUUCAGAUGGUUGUAACAUUUAUGAUGCUGUGAUAUGUGGACAUAUAUACAUGCAUACUGAUGCAUACCAAACCUCAUAAGGUUAUGUCCACCUUUUUGUGAUUGUCUUCCAUACUAUCAUAUGGGUUACACAAGGAUGAACAAUCUUUGACUGUUUCCUUGUUUAACCCACGAAUGGACAAGACUAUACAUUUUAACAUGGACAUUACUCUAUGAGGUUUGGUACAUAUACAUGAAAAAGUACGUGAUGACCAGGGAUGAUUGCACUCUCAAGUUUUUUCUCUGCAGCUGCAGAGUGUAGCAUAUAAUCAGAGUUUACAGUGUCCUUCUAUUAUCCUCAAAGUGCAAGUUUUUUUCAGCGCGCCGCUAUGUUGACAAUCUCUGAUACUACCUCACUAAUAAUCUUUGUUUGAAAUAUCUCGUUAUUAUUAUUAGACUUGGACAUUCGGCAAAGUCGAACACAGAAUACAAAUCUCACAACGUGCUAUGCUGAUCAGUUAUCUUUAUUCUUGCCGCGAUGGAAGAUGCAGACACGACUGUUUUCUACAACGACGAGGAUGAUUGUCUGGACUACGAGUGUUUGCACAACAAUGUCGAAUAUGAUUAUGAUUACACAGACUCAGAGAAGGAAACCCUUCACGAUUUGUAUCAGCAUUGUCUCAGUCCUAGUCUAUUUGAUACUGGACACCAUAUACUGCCUUUGUUGGGCAGUACAAUUUUAUUUAGACUGCUUGUUCACACUGAAUACAUAUCGCAUCAAGUAUUUCAUAUAUUAUCAGUUAUUAUAGGCUUGUAUAUAAUUCAAUAUUAUGUGCAUGAAUCCUUAAUAGUAUUGAUAGUAUUCGUUCUAUUUUCUUAUGGUAUUUUACAUGUGCCAAAAAGAUUGCACAAAGGUGCAGGGAUCUUUUUACCGUCCCUUUUGAUAAUUGCGUACUGUGAACUCUCAAUGCAACCAGUGAUAUGGCAUAGGAUACGCAGUGUCAUCAUGACUAUGGUGAUGAAAGCGAUUAGCGUUGCCAUUGACACAAAUGACUCAAACAACUUGCCAGAUGUUUAUAGUUACAUGGGUUACAUGUUCUGUGGUGUAACUUGUUUAUUUGGACCAUGGGUGUCAUUUAAAGAUUAUCUGUCACUACGUUACUCUAGCAGUCAGACAAGAUGGUGGAUAAUAUGUAGUAUAGGAUUUGCUUUCCUUUCUUUUGUCUUCCUGAGUAUUUCAAAUUGUUGGACGCAAUGGAUAUUUGUAGAUAACUCUUGGAAGUUAGUAUGUACAAUUCAAAAAUUUUUUGAUGAAUAUUUGAUGCUUUCAUGUAAAGAAAUAUUUUUUUCUUAUUUCAGGUGGUUAAUAGCGUACAGAGAUGCGUUAUCCUUCAGAACAUCCCAUUACUUCGUUUCGUACAUAGCUUCGGCAUUGCUAGUUUUGGGAGGAUUUCCCCUUUCAUCGUCGACGAUAGUUAAGCCCUUGUACAUCGAGUUUCCACGCUCGCUUGUUCAGGUCGUCGUUUUUUGGAACAUUCCAAUGCAUCACUGGCUAAAAACGUACAUAUUCCGUCCUAGUAUUAAAAACUUGGGAAAGUUUGGAGCAGUGAUCAUCACGUAUCUGAUAAGUUCUCUUUUACACGGAUUGAACUUUCAAUUGGCGGCCGUGUUACUUAGUCUAGGAUUUUACACGUAUGUAGAAUUUCAACUUAGGGCCACUCUCGCUGACACCUUCGACGCUUGUGUCACGUCCAAACAGUGCACCAAGAAAAAAUGCAUGCAUAAAUACAACUCUCAUAAUUGUAUGGUGUUUAUGACAAACUUGAUGUUUUCUUUCGGGGCGAUAUUUCAUUUAGCUUACUUAGGUCUCAUGUUUGAUACGUCAGAUCUCCAAGAAACAGGGUACAGCUAUAAUCACACAAUCAACAAGUGGGCUGAGCUCGGAUUUGCUAGUCACUGGGUAGCAUUAGCUACAUAUUGCAUUUAUCUUUUAACUAAAUAACGAAUUAUUUUUUAUCUUUAAAAAAAAUUUUCUCUCGAGAAAGA